UCAGUUUGCUCAUGAACGUUGAGCGAGUUACAUUAAGUCAUUGACUUCGUUGUAUAUUCUUUGGGUUUGUUUUUUUACUCUGACUAAAGUCAAGUUGAUCAUGAGUGACGUAGAGGAUUUCCCUGGAGGGAUCAACAAUUUGGAGGGCUUGAAGAGACAGGAGGCUUUGGAUCUGCUGAACUCUUGCCUCGCCCACUUGGCCAAGGAAGAUGGUCCCAGCUACAAGAUCAUUAAAGUGAUUUCUGUGACGGGUCAGUUGGUGGCUGGAGAUCUCUACAGGUACAAGCUGGAGCUGGACAAUGGAACCGACAUAAAGCAGUGCUCCAUAAAGAUCUGGUAUCGAAGCUGGCUUAAGGAGGAUGGUAUCAAUAUCAAGAUCAAGUUUGCUGGAGAAGAAGGCGAGCUAGAUAGAACUUGGUGAUCAAUGUUCUAUAAGUUUGUUAAUUUAAAAGAGUUUUAUUUUUGUAUUCAAAACUUUUGUAUGUGAAAUAAACAUAAUUGUAUAAUUUAUUC